AUGAAACACAUGGAGAACAGGAACAACGUGACAGAGUUUGUUCUUCUGGGGCUCACACAGAAUCCAAAGAUGCAGAAAACUGUGUUUGCUGUGUUCUCUGCCAUCUACAUCACCACUGUGGUAGGAAAUGUGCUUAUCAUGGUCACCAUCACUGCCAGCCCAUCUUUGGGAUCCCCCAUGUACUUCUUCCUGGCCUAUCUCUCCUUUAUCGAUGCCUGCUACUCCUCUGUGUGUGCCCCUAAGAUGAUUGUAGAUUCACUCCGUGAAAAGAAAACCAUCUUAUUUAAUGGAUGCAUGACCCAAAUCUUUGGGGGACAUUUCUUUGGAGGUGCUGAAGUCAUCCUGCUUACCGUGAUGGCCUAUGACCGCUAUGUGGCCAUCUGCAAGCCCUUGCACUAUACAAGCAUCAUGAACUGGCAGGUGUGUGGGCUGCUAGUGGGAGUGUCAUGGGCGGGAGGCUUUCUUCAUGGAUUCAUACAGAUCCUCUUCAUCUUCCGCUUACCCUUCUGUGGCCCUAACGUCAUAGAUCACUUUAUGUGUGACCUGAACCCUUUGCUCGGUCUUGCCUGCACUGAUACGCACACGCUAGGGCUCUUCAUUGCUGCCAACAGUGGCUUCAUCUGUCUCUUAAACUUCCUUCUCCUGCUGGUCUCCUACGUGGUCAUCUUGCGUUCCCUAAGGGCCUACAGCUCGGAAGCAAGACAAAAAGCCCUCUCCACCUGCAUCUCCCACAUCACAGUGGUUGUCUUAUACUUUGUGCCCUGCAUAUUUGUGUACAUGAGACCUGUAGCUACCUUAGCUGUUGAUAAAGUAGUUGCUGUAUUUUAUACUGUGAUAACUCCCAUGUUAAAUCCCUUAAUCUAUACCUUCAUUGCCCAGAUGGAAAAUGCCAUUAGGAAAUUGUGUAGUAGGAAAGUUACUUCAGGUGUCUUAUAA